UAAGGAUUGCUGUAGAAAAAAUGAAUACUGCAUACACGAUAAACAAUGCACAAUUAUAGACAAAUUGGGCUGGUUUUGAGCCCUAUGCUUGAGGUAAAUUUCUGAUAGCAUGGUUGGUGUCAGCGAACCGCUGGACAAUUACGACGUGUGUACGUGUGACAUAUCUGAAUUCACGCUACCUGUGUGUAUAUAGUCACAUGGAUGUUUAUCGUGGCGUCAGACUUGGGGUAGCCCUUUAAAGUGUCGAGGACGCAGGUAAAAGGGAAUUACCGUGUACAGGUAUAUCACACCUGUCAGUACAGGUACAUCCCAAUACACUGCCGUGUUACCGUUAAGGAUUGUAUAUAAGAUAUACAGAAUACAGAAAUCAUGCCGAUGCUUGCCGAUGAUAGGACAAAACCAUCUUUCGUGCUUAAACUGUACAUUGUUAGUGUACUGAUUACAACAGUUUCAUCUCAAACAUGCAGUGUUGCGGACCCCAAUGUGUUCCCAUCCACAUCAGAAAUAACUGUAUUUUCGUCGCCUGGUUACAGUGCUGGCACAGGAAACUACAGCCCUGACAUCGAUUGUUUCUGGCUAAUAGACGCCGGGGCGGCUGACCUGAAGUUAUUGAUAUUUAUGACCUACGACACUUCAUGUCCAGGCGAUAAAAUAUACAUUUUUGAUGGUAACUCUACAUCAGAUACAGCUCUAGCCAAUGGUGUGUGUGGAACCCCUUCGGCUCCAACUCCUUAUUCUACAACCCAGCGCUACGCAUACGUGAGAAUGGUGUCUGAUAGCGCUAUAGAGAAGGCGGGAUUUCAGAUAGACGUCAUCGCUGCUAAAGACAGUUCAGGAACAGGGUGCACAGCUACACAGUCCAUAACUGCCACAAGCUCGUAUCAGAUGCUGACCAGUCCUAAUUUCCCUGACAAGUACCCAAGUAACAGUAAUUGCCGCUGGGCACUGACCAGUCCUGACGGAUAUCUGGAAAUAGACGUGAUUGUGAGUGAUGUGGAGGAUGACGACCCGGCGUCCUGCGAUUAUGACAAAUACCUGUUAUAUGACGGAGCCAACAAAUGUGACAAUAACAAUAUUCAGAUGAUAUGCUCGGAAUACCCGAAAGUUACAUCGUACAGUACGAAUUCCACGGAACCAACAGUGACCGUCACUCUGGAGAGCGACGGUUCCGUUAACAGGCGUGGAUUUCUGUUACGUUUCCGGUCCGUCUCUACGCCAACCACGACCACGCCCACUACUACAACCGUCACUGCCACCGCCGCCACCACAGCUUUUAUCGCCGCUGUUAGCUCCACAACCGCCCGUACCACAAGCGGUCAACUUUUGGAAAUGAACAUGGAGCUACUGGUUGGAAUCGUCUUUGGGUCACUACUGUUGAUAUCCUUCACAAUUGUCACCGUUGUUGUGGUGGUGAAGAAAGUUUCGAUUCCACUUGAGAAAACAAUAACACCGGUACAGCCGUACAGACCGCGUCCAGAAGUUCAGCCUCGGGCACGACGGUCAAACGGCAGCACACAGCGGCAAUCUCUUCCUAACGGACACAAGACACAGGCAACGGGCAUUGGAACGACGCGUACAAUCACUGCCUGGUGACGUUAUUAAUAUAAUAAUGACGUCACAGUUGGACCUUCUUAAAACGCUCAAUAGUCACUGACUGUGGUAGCCUGAUGACAUCUCCAUGAGUAUCCUACGAACCAUCAAACUGCUUGAAAUAGGAAUAUUCAAAAUUAUCAACUAAUCUUUAUUCCGAACGCACCGCCAUACAUUAUAUUUUCGGAUAACUGGGUCCACAAGACCUCUGUUCGGUAUUGUAUCAAAGGGUCCACAAGUCACUGACUGAAAUAUAUAUUGUGAGCGUUAGAUAAUAGCUUCCACGUUGUAUCUACCAUGUUAACACUGCCAGUUGAUGAACAUGGAACAGGAUAAGUGCAAUAUUUCAUUUCUACAUUCCUUCAUUUUGAGAGAUCAUUUGUUUUAAUAUAUUUAUAAUGUUGAUUAAGUUUGAUAGUUAAUUACUAUCUCAAAUGAUAUGAUUUAAAUAGCAGCAUUUUCCCCUCUCGGCAUAUUACCGGUGUAGUGUUGGGCGUGUGGUUAAGGUGUCCGGACACUUUAUUACUUGUCCUCCACCUCUGAGUCACGAGUUCGAAACCCACAGGGGGCAGUUGCUUGGUACUGACCAUAGGCCGGUGGUUUUUCUCCGGGUACUCCGGCUUUCCUCCACCUCCAAAACCAGACACGUAUGUAAAUGACUCUGACUGUUAAUUAGAACGUGAAACAAAAACAAAACAAAACCAAACUUAACCAAUCCCGGUGUAGCACCAAAACUACAGAGGAGAAAUUAUGAAUAAAAACAUAUUAACACAUACCCGGUAUAUGAAAUAUAAAUAUUAUUACAAUUUGUCCUAAAAGGCAUUCCGCAAUGAAAGAAUUAAGUGCAAUACGCAAAACGUAUAGCAAAGUAAUGUAUAUAGACUGACAUGCCAUAACUUAAACUGCAUAAGUUCCAGCUGUUUUGGAAUAAAACGAGCUUCAAAUACGGGAUACACUUAUAUUGUAUCCUCUCGUAUCAUACUUCAUAAUAAAUGGAGUUAUUUAUUAUGAAAUAAUAUGACAAUAACGAUUGCAUUAACAUUGCAUAAUGAAUUAUAUUCGUAGUUAUCGAGACUUAGCAAGAGUGCAUUGAUUUAUGGUGUAAUAAGUAAUUUGUUUGGGUUGAUACAAGGUAAGAAGAAUGUUGGACCAAUGGAUGUGUGAUUGACAUAGUGUACGAGUUAAAAAGAUUUGCACAAAAGGUUACAGACGAAGAGUAAUUGGAUGUUGUGUUUUAAUAAUGUCUUUUAUAAUAAACCGUAUGUACACUUGUUAUUUGAUAUGUCUGAGUUUCCGUUUUAAUUUCGAUAAAGAAUGAAUAAAGAAGCUUAUCAAAGAGA